AUGCAGAUCUUGUUAUUCAUAUUGUUUCUACCGAAUUUUAUUUAUUGUAAACCAAAUGGAAACCGGGACUGUAUGCACUUGGAAGACACGUUCGAGUACACGGAUACCAAAAACGUUAGGCAAAAAUUUGUCGGAGGAUGUUGUACUCCCGAAUGUCUUGCUCUGCUGGGAACUACGGAUUCAUUGACAUGGAGUAAAACAUCUUCUAUUGACACCUUCAUCAGCACUCUCUACAAGGAAGAGUGUUGCAAUGAUGCUCCAUCGGCAAUUGCAACAAACGAGACUUCUACACCUACAACGGUUACUAGUUCAAUUAGCAAUACACCUUCUCUUCUAGCACUACUGAUACUACCACUUCAAUCACUGCCACCUCUCCCAGUGCCAGUCAUGGUAAGUGAUCAUGCCAAAAGCGUAAAGUACACAAUUUUACUAAUUUGA